AUGACUAGCCAUAUCGACAGCACUCCCAUGGAAAUCGACACCGACAGCAGCGGUCUUCCGUCCCCUGCCGGUACUGACAUUCAACCCGAUUCGCCAGGCAAGAGCGAUUCUGGCAAGAGCGACAGCAGCACGUCUUCAUACACGGACGACUUCGAAACCCUACCUUCAAGUGGCCCACCCAGUCAUGCUCACAUUCUCGAUCUUGCCGAGUAUGCUGCGUCUAUCAAAGAAGACGGCGCACUGAAGCUCCAAGAUGCCGUUGUCACCGCUCUAUACAACAUUUCGCCGGCGACACUCAAGUCGUUCGUUAACCCCACGGUCAACACCUUCAAGGCCGUAUUCGGCAAGAAGGACGUCCAGCUAGUCAUCUGGCGCAAGGGUCUAGAGGUCUUCAUCGGCACAUUCGAGCAUCAUACCUCUAUGAAGGCUUACCGUUUCGAGCACGUCGCCGGCUUUCUCAUUGGCUACGACGGGUCCUGGCAUCUGAAAGUGACAGCAAGCAACGCCUACUCCGCUCCGAAGUGGCCAGAUGUCUGGGCCGGCAAGUUUGAAUGCCAUGGUGGUGUUGCGAAAAUGACCAUCGAGACCGAGGAGACGGAAAUGGCGAAGCGCGCCUCGGCAUUGGCGACUGCAAUGAUCGGUGGCAAGUACUGGGAACUCAAGACCGAUGUCAAGAUGACUUGA